CCGAGAUUCUGAAAUUCUCAACGAUAUUGUUGAGAAUUUUUGCUUCGAACUCGUUUCGAAUUAAGGAUCUCGCCACACCACACGCGAUUCGGGUGCUGUCACAUGACUUUGAAGGCAAAUGUACCCAAAGACUUAUUCGAUUUACAUUGAACUCAAAAUACUGUGCCGUAGAUAUCCACAGAACAGAGCUCUGCCAACCGGUUAGCUGUGAAAACAAAAAAAAAAAGAAAUUUUGUAUUGUUCUUUGUCGUGUUAAUAAGCGAAAAGAAAGUCCACGCUGACGUUGUUGUUCGCUCAGCACUCUCGUACUCCACCCCACAGCUGCUGCCAUUGGAAGCUGAGGCCGUGCAUUGUACUGAUCGAGAAUAUCAACAGUUUUGAAUCGGACUACAAAGAGUUGGCUCAAAUUCGAUCAGUUUUGGCAACCUCCGGUCAUCCAGAAUGCACCUUUACAAAUUGUUAAAUCUUGUGCCGUGGGUGGCAGUCGUACUGCUACUGCAAUGCUCCAUUACGAGGACCGAACGAAAUUCCAGCUUCACGUCGCUGGAACAAGCCAUAGAAGACAAACUGGAGGAAGAGCGCGCCCAUGACGGAUUUCAGUUGAGCCGAAAACGCAGAUACUUGGAAUUUCCCGAAGGCUCGUCCUUUCAGUUGGUUUAUGACCUAAUCGUGGGCAUCGUCGACUACACAAACUAUCUGAUUCUCGGCGUCACUGUAGCCUUGGCUUGGGAAUUGCCCAGUAAGCCGCCAAGUGAAAUCCUAAACGAUCUCACGGAUCGACUAAAGGACGGCACCCUGGGUACCUCACGUAACGAUACGAUCUCCGAGAUCAAAUAUGUGGACACCAAAUCCCACGGUGCUGCCUCAUCAUCGACAAAGUACCCCAACUAUCUGCAGCCAGCUUUUAGGCCUCCCAUGCACUCCCAGUACUAUGUCAAUCGUGCUCCAGAUAGCUACUACAAAGCUAGAGACUACUCUAAAUGGGAACACAUGUACUCUAGCAAACCAUUUUGGCCGAUGAAGGAUAGCAAAUACCACUACAGUCCGAAGCCUUCCCACCCGUUCACAAAGUGGUCGACAAGUCCCUCGAGCUAUAGAAACAUUUCACCUGUACCGACUAAGUACCCUUGGUGGAAUUUACCAACAAGAUUAAAUGGUUAUGCAGCGAGGCCACCAAUCGUCAAGGGCUCCAGGCGUUUCGACCAGGGCACGACACAUUUUACAAAUCAGAAAUACACCGUAGGCACUGGCAGAUCGGAACAUCGCGUGUAUCCGAUCUUUGGGAAACGCAGUGUGGCACAGAGUGUCAGUGACACUUCGGCUACAGUUGUCCAUCGUCACCACAGGCGCACCACCAGGAGCAGCGACGAAUUUUCCAAGAUCGAUCGAAUCCACAUACGACAUCAUCGGAGCACUCGCCACGACCUGUAUGAGAGAAUCGAAACCUACUUGAAUGGGCGCGGUUCCCACGGCCACCACUGUGUCCUGCGAGCCCUGUGCGAGACAGGCCAAAAAUCUCAUGAAAAACUGCCGGGAUCGUUUGUUGGCGAAUUGAUGCGCGCCAUAUUCACCCUGCCCGAGGCCUUCGGCGGCGAUCGUGGCUACAAGGAACAUCGCUAUGACAUGGCCAAUUCCCAUGUUGGCAAUUGUGCAGCGCGUUAUCAACUCUGCAAGGAUUCCAUGUGGUCGUCCCACUUUGUGAUGUAAGAAUCGAAAUUAAGAAAAGAUAAUAAAUGCAGACAUCCGAACGAAAAGAAAAA